AUGAACAAAGCCAGAGGGUUGGAGCUGGCCCUGGACAUAAUGGCUAAACGUGAUUUUGUCCUCGUCCUUCUCUGUGUGUCGCAGGCCCAUCAGUUCGCUGCAGCGAUUCCUUCCGGUCUUUAUGUGCCCUUCCCGACCAACUCACUCCAGCUGAUGGUUCAUAUAGGCGCCAAGGGUGGCAUGGUUAAUGCUCAACAGAUGUCGGUCGCUCUUGGCCAGAUUGAGCUGGAAGGCAGGCGUGUACCGCUGAUGCUAAGCGGUCGAACGCUGCCCUCAUUUCCACCCUACGACAUCAGACCCCGUGCGGGUGGGAUGUGCACUCAUCGCUUCCUGACCUCAAUGCCACCGCAAGAACUCUUCUUCCACUCGAUGGCAGGUCGUGAUGGUCUGGUAGACACGGCUUGCAAAACCAGCCGGUCUGGUUACCUUCAGAGAUCCCUCAUCAAACACCUCGAGGACCUAUCUGUGCAGUAUGAUGGCACGGUUCGUGACUCUGGCGGUGGGAUAAUUCAAUUUCGUUAUGGCGAUGACGGCCUGGACGUUUGUCAGUCCUCUUUCCUCAAGGCAAACGGCAUCCACUUCUUCGCGGAUAACGCAGAGCUGCUAUCUGAGCGCUGGAAAUGUCCCGACGACCCGGAUCUGUACAAACGCAUGCUCGAGGCCAACCCACUGGCCCCGUCGCUUGCUCAUGAAGUAGACGAGGUUGCUGUUAAGAGAAUGGGCAUCGCACCUCUCAUCAAAGGUAGCGAUGGUAAUCCAUAUUUCAGGAGGAAAGACCAAUCUCCACUCAAGGUCGUGGACCCUUUGGAUCGCGAACUUUACAAACAUUAA